AUGGACGUGUUCCCGCCCGAAGUCGCGCUGCUCAUCCUCUCCCAGGUCCCGCAGCGCACGCUGGUGGCGCUGUGCAGCCUGUCCAAGGCGCUGCGCGGCGUGGCCGAGGCGGCGCUGUACCGGAGCGCGUCGGUUGGGGCAGAGGGACUAAAGGGGUGGUGCAGUGCCAUUAUAGGCUCGGAAAAGGGGAAGGAGGCGCGUGUUCUGACUAUCGCGCUGCCGAACGGACAGAUUCCGGCCUCGAAUGCGGCACGACUCCAGUCAGCGCUGGAGCGAUGCGGGAAUCUGAGGCAACUGCACGUGUUGCAAGCUGGGGAUUACCUGAUCACGGUGAAGGACGACCCACAGCUAUGGCCCCUCCUCACCGCGCUCUCCUGCCGCCUGACCCACUUCACCGUCGUCGCGCCGUUUACCUCCCACAACAUUGCCGUCGCCGCUGUGCGCUUCUUCGCCACACAAAAUCUGACCGCGAUAUCCCUCCCGAACUGCAGCGUAAAACACCCUCCGGACUUGUCUUGUCUGCCCAGCGUCGUCUCGCUGUCCAUAACGGCGAAAGCUUUCGAGGCGGUGCAGCCGGCCGUGAAGGGGUGGAAGCUGCAGAACGUGCAGCUAUACAUGACGUUCAACGACGUCCAGCGCCUGCGCUUCCUAGCGCAGCACGUGGCGACAUUGACGAGCCUGUCGCUGGUGCGCGACCCCGGCUCGGCCGUGCCGACCGCCGACAUGAUGACCGCAAUCGCGAAGUGGGUGCCCGGGAUUGAGCGGCUGUGUAUCACCGAGACUGGCACCAGCCAGCCACGGCGCGACGAGCCGUCCCUCCACCAUAUUAUGUCACGCUUCCCCAGCUUGCGCAAACUCGUGCUCCAAUUUCACCGCACGCAGAUCACGUUCUUUGAAGACCCCGACCCGCCCGCCCGGGCCGAGCCCACCCGGCGCAGCGCGCGCAACGCACCCGCGCCGGCCCCGCCCCCGGCGCCGCUCAAGCUCACCCGGCCCGGCGACCGGCGCAAGCUCGGGGACGCGCUGAUGGCCGCGUUCCCGCAGUUGGACCGGCUCGAGCUCGGCGCGGACGUGUUUGUUGGGGCGGUGGGGCUCGAGAAGACGUGGGUCACCGCGGUUUGGGCGCGCUUCCCGUCUGGGGCGGGCCCGGGGAGGGUGGAGUGGUCGGAGGUGGCUGGGCGGGUGUGGGAUGCGCAGACGAGUUUCUCGGGGUAUUGA